UCGCCUCCACCGAAACACACAGCAAAGUCAGCCACAGAGAGAGAGAGAGAGAAAGAAAGCAGGUCCGGCACCAUGGCGACCAAGCUGAUGCAACUCCAGAAAUCCCGCGGCCAACUAUCGCCGCUUCAUCUCAUCCUCCGUCGCGGCGGCGUGCCCUGUGAGCUGUCGUCCUCCGUGGAAGCCAAUAUCCUCUCGCAGACGAGACUGAGGAGGGCGGCGGCAGGCGGCAACAGAGGCACGAAGAUCGUCCUGUCCCAAGACCAAUCCUCCCACAGCUUCGGCGUCGCCGCCGGAGCUGCCCGCCUGGACGCCGCCGCGGUCGAUUGGGACAGUAAGCUCCUGACCUGGAGGUUCGCCCCUUCCGGAAGGAAGCUGGACGGCUCGCUGUUGGCUCGAGGGAGGAAGCCGGUGAGCGAGGACGACGACAAUGAUGACUCCGACAUCGAGGGUUUACUCGACGAUGAGGAGGAUUUUGACGACGUUGACGAAGAUGAUCUCGACGACGAAGAUCUUCUCGACGACGAAGAAGAUGAGGUUGUUGAGGUGAAGAAAGGAAGCAAAGGGAAGAAAUGAUGAUCGCAACUGAGGCUACUACUAUUGCUCCCCCCCUUCUCUUCGUUUCUUGUUUGUCUGCAAAUAAGUGACGCGAAUAGGG